AUGUCUUUGUCAUUCUGGGCGACCCGUUCUGGUUCUGGGUUCUCGAGUUCGAAUUCCCAGCUGGAUGGUCGUAUGCCCACAACUACACCUGCCUCGUCAACAAGCCUCAACUUCCUUGCAGCAGUUCUCUCAGCCGAGCUCGUCAUAUAUUCUCCUUCAGAUCUGUCCCUACGGUUUGUAGAGGCGCCUCCUCCGGUCGCAGGGACUGGUGCUCACGCUGCAGUGCAGGUUGGCCGCACCAUUAGGGGCACCUCAGUCGCAGUCAAGCGCUCACGAGCGAAACAUAUACACAAUGUAGAUACACAUUUUGCCCAGGCGACGCUCGAGCUGCGUAUCCUGUCGCAUGAACGACUACGCCAGCACCCGCAUAUCGUCGAUAUCUUGGGGCUGUGUCUAGAGCCGAUGGCCUGGGAAGAUCACCCAGAAGCGAGGGUACAAUGCCCCAACGGAACUCCCUUGCUGAAUGCACCUGAAGUUCGGAACUCCCCCGCGACAAGACGAUAUUUUGAUAUCGGGGCGGCCCUCCAAACUGAUGUGUUUUCUUUUGGCCUUCUUUUGUGGGAGGUCAUCAAGAAUGGCUGGUCGUUUUUGGAUGAGACGUGGCUGGGAUGCGGAUCAGCUGAACUUUCAGAGAAGGAGGCAAUCCUAAACACUCUCCCUCACAACAUAUUGCUCUUUUAUGGUCACAAGUUUCUUUCAGUUGUGAACUUGGAGCCAGAGCUUCUUCAACACAUGACUCGGGGUUUUGAUGCUUGCCUGCAGGAUGAACCUUCAGAAAGGAAGGAUAUCUCAGCAGUUGUAGAGAUGAUGCAUACCCGAGGCAACUCGUCAGCGUAAGUCAAUUCCUUUUGGGUUCCUCUUGGGUUGCCAAAGACCUGCUUCGAUUAGCGUGCCCUGACCACGACUCACAGAGCAACCGUGGAUGGCGCUAAUGAGAUUAAUUCUGGCGGUCGUAAGACUUCAAAGGCGAAGGAUAGCUUAACGAGUUGGACAACCCAGCAUUCUUUAAUCGAAGUCAGUUUUUCCUUUCCCGCUUGAACUAAUCUCUGGGUUAUAAUAUCUAACUCAGUGGCCGCCUACCACUCAAAUGUAACUGACCUUCCCUUACGCUUGCAGCUCCUAGACGUCACGUCCAAAGCGGGACGCUUGUUCCUUGGGCCAGAACAUUCAUUUGGUCUACAGCAGCAUGCUCUGGAGGAACUCAAGGCACUGGCGAUUUCACCAAUAGCAUCAUAUGAGAUACGCGCCCACGCCGCCAUGACAGUGUCCGAGUGCUACGCGACUGCUUUCGGCACCACAUACAGCAAUACCGACGUCCUACAUUGGCUGGAUAUAGCAUCUUUAGAAGGACAUACUAAAGCUAGCUGCUGGUACAAUAGGGUCCACGAGGCCAUUGGCCCCCCUACGCUGUGGAGGGCGCAGUAAUUGAAUCUUCUAUCCCGACCGAGUUGUACCUCACGAAUAGGAUCCGGCUAGAAAACAAGGAAUUUGUGGAUCACAUAAAAAAUGAUUUAACAAAAGCUGGUCAGCUGUGCUCGGAAAAGUUUGCUGGUAUACAACUUCAUACUGAUCUUUUUAUUUCGGACGACCUCUUGCCACUUCAUGUCGCGGCUUUAUUGGGUGAGGACAUGAUAAUAGCUGAAAUACUUUGCAAUAAUGAUAUUGGUGCUCUCUCAGCAGCAGGCUUCACUGUUGCUCACUACGCAUGUGUAGGCGGCCAUUUGUCGACACUGAGGCUUGUUCUGGAAAGAGGUGCGAAUGCGUCGAGUCCCAGUUUUCAACACAUCACACCGUUGCAUCUCUCGAUCUUUUUUGCAAGCGCCGACAUUCAGGACGCUGUAAAUUUGCUCAUUGCGCACGGCGCCACCACGGACAUUUAUCAGACAGAUUUGAGCUCAAGGCUCAUGACAUCGUCCUCGAAAGUGGACCCCUGGAAUGGGCUGUUAUCACACGAAACCGUACCCUUGUCAAUGCUUUGCUUCCCCAUUCUAAAAACCACGUUGGAAUCCAAUACGCGCUCUCACACUACUACUAUGAAAUUGCCUCCGAUAUUCUCUGCGAUGAUACGAGACGUGCUAUCCUGCCUCCUGGCUAUAAGCAAAUUUCCUUUGUCAUCCUCCGCCCCUUCCGGCACUGGAUUGCUCACGGACACAGCGGUCCAUUGGCCAUACAGCGUACCAUUGAGAUUUGUGCUAUAUCUGGUCUAAUCGACCAUUCUCCAGCCAUCCUAAAUACCCUCGUUGUGGCAAGAGCUCAGUCGAAUAUCAAGGUACUAGAAUAUUUGCUGGAGCUUUGCCCUAUAUCAGUGAUCAAGCGCGAGUUCCAAGAGUCUAUGUCGAACCUACAUCCAAGUUUUCACAUAUUCAGAAACAACCCAGCUUGGGACCAUAUCCUAAGAUUGAUUGUGAACAAAUUUUCGGUCGCCGAGCUUAGCGAGCACGCUUUUGGAACAGACAGAUCCUAUAACUUCCUGCAUCUGGCUAUUGCCUAUCGCCAUGUGUCCUAUAUGCGUACCCUGCUUGAGAAAGGAGUGAGUGCAAACUCGCUUACAGAGGGGCCAGUACGAAUGUCACCCUUAGAACUCUGUGUCGCUGCAUCUUCCACGACAUCCCGCGAGAUGUGGAUGACAUUGCUCGAGUAUGGUGCCAAGGUUGACAACCUUCCGUCGGAUGAUUGUUAUGUUAUCACCAUGGACCCAGAGCUGUUGCACCUGGCCCUGGCAGGCAAAUCAAACUCCUUUGAAGACAAUUUCGAUGAUGCUGUACUUGUGCCUACAAUGCACAGACUGCUUGCUAUGUGCGUGAAGAGUCAUCCACUGACUUUGGAGGCCUUUCGGGUCGCACUUUCGUGUGGAUGGGAGGCACAAUGCCUUAAUUCGCCCAAUCAGGAUGGCUUAACGAUGCUUCAGUACGCGACCGUCUCACACAACACCGGAGCUGUCAAACUACUCCUUGAUGCAGGUGCCGAUGCGAGCGUCCCUUUUAUAGAGGUAAAUGAAGAGGGUGAGUUCAGCACUGUCUUACCCCUCCAAAUGAUUUGUUAA